CGGAGGAUGAGCACGAGCAUAAACGUGAGCAUAGAAAUGAUUAAAGUUGUAUCCAAGCAAGUGAUUAUUUCCGUAGUUUCGUGUAUCUGUGAUACGUGAUGUGCCUGCUUUUCAAAUUGUUGAUAAAUUUCUAAUGGAUAACCGGUGACUGUUAAACGCGACAAUUGACAACAGCUAACAAUCCCCCUGGAUUUGUGAUGAUAUACACGAUCCUGACGAUACAAGAAUGAUAAAAAUUGUCUGAUAACUGGAAUACACCCGAGAGCGAAUACCGUUGGAAAAUCGACGAACUCGAGAUGGAAGUAUUGAACGAAAGCGACACCCUCGCCGCGCCGUUCCCGCAAAACGUCGCCAGGCAGGACUCGGGUGUGCCCGAGGAGGACCUGGUCUCUCCGACGGACGAGAAAUCGUCGGGCGACGACGACCCCAACGGCACGAUGAACAGCGAUUGCAACGUGACGGUGAUACACAUAGCCCCGGAGAGCGGCGAGUCCGGGGCGAAGGAAUUCCCAGGGGACGGCAAGGACAGCAAAGACGGGAGCGACAGCGGCGUCGAGGGCUGCGCCGCGGAACCGCCCAGGGUCCGAAGCAGGAACAGCGUCGAUUACGCGAGCAGUUGCGGCGGUCUGGACGAGGCUUCCUGCGACUCCAGUCUGGUCAGCUGUUGCUCCGUCUACGAGGACCCGUGCGCCGUGCUGCCCGACGACCUGAGGCUCAACGCCGGAGAGGGCACCAGCGAGGGCGGCAGCGAGAGUUCGUCGGUCGCCGGAAGUAUAUCCGCCCGGGCCACCAGAACUAACAACAAACGAGCGAUGAUCGGCACCACGGUGAACAAGAAAAAGGUCGGCGGUACCGUAGAAGCCCAGAAACCAUCGCGCGGCAAAGUAACGGCGUCGAGCAACGCUCCGUCCGCCACGCCGAGGCUGAAGAGCAGAGCCGCAACACCGAGGACUCUACCGUCCAAGGCGCCGCCGGGCUCCAGGGACAGGGGACGCUCCAGGGAGAAACCGUCCUCCCUCAGGGAGGGCACGGCGAGGGAAGCGACACCGACGAACGGCGGCGGUCGCUCCGCUGCCGCGACGAGACAGGGCGCGACGCCAGCACCACCCAGAACCCGGACCAGGCCCAUACCGGACUCCCUGCCCUCGGCGUUGACCACGGAAAUCAACAAGGACUUGGCGCAGAGAGGGAGAGGAACGAGCGCCACGAGAUCGCGAGGGGGAUCCACGACGAAGGGACGGACUCCGGGAUCCACUCCCUCCGACGAGACCAGGAAGCUACUCAGUACCCCCCGCCAAAGUUACAGUGCCUCCUGUGCGGAGUCGAAAAAUGUCCGUAAAGAUAAAACCGCUGCUAAUUUAGAUAACAAAACGGUAGACGCGUACGCCACUUUGCCGAGGAGAAAUCGAAGCAAAUUCACAGUUCCUAAGUCAAACGAUAAGACGACUAGAAGCCGGUCGGGCAGUAGGGACGCCAGUCUGAAUAGAAUAACUAGUAAAAAAUUGGUUCCCUCGAGGGAUGCGACGCAGCACAAAAGUUUGCCUCCACAUCCGAGGACCAAGGCCGUGGAAAAGACGCGGAUCUAUCACGAAACGAGCGUGCAGACCGCGUUGACGGGGCUGGAUGUGGAGAAGGUCUUCGCCGGAAUCGUGUCCGCCAUGCCGGAUCCCAAGGGAACCGACAGGCUUGACGGGAGUUGCCAGACCGAGGGUUCCUGGGAGGACGUCAAAUCGCUUCGUGACGAGGUGAAACGACUCGCGGAGGAGUCGACGUCUUCGAAAGCGGAAAAUGCCCAACUGAAAUCGCAGCUCGCCGAAUUGAAGCGGACUCUGGACGAGGAAAAAGCGGAUCAUGCCUUCGCUCGACAGGAAUUGGACAGAAACGCCCAGAGGGUUCUGGCGAUGCUGGGCACCCCCCAAUCCGAGCACGCAGAAGGCGACAGUUUUCUCGAACUAGAAUCCCACAUACAAUCGUCGGGGCAGGUUGUCGCUAAUCAACAACUUGAAAUAGAGGACUUACAAUCUCUUUGUCGUAUGCUGAACAGGGAUUUGGAAAAGAGUAUGGCCGCCCAAAAAACUCUGCUGCAACAACAGCAGGAAUUGGAAGCAGAAUCGAUGGAGAUGCAGGAUUUUCUCCAAGAAGAGAAAGCGACGCUGUCAGAAGCUCUCAAGGAAGCGGAAGCGGAGGCAAAGAGGAAAGAUGAAAUUCUAAGGCAAACCAAAUCUGAGCUGAGCAGGCAAAUGGAGGAGUGCAAACACUUGGUACGCAUCAGCGAACAACGAAGACAAGAAAACCUCUCGAUGAAUUUGAAAAUGAAUGCCGUCGAGAGACGGAGCAGAGAUUUGCUGUUGACUCAGGGAGCCGCAGUUUCUGGGGCAGCCGUUGCUCUGUCCGGAUUAGGGACGCGAUUGGAAGGAUUGGUGGAUCAGCUCGUAACUUCUUACAACAUCUCAGAGAAGGACCUCGAGGAUGUGAUAUAUCACAACGAGGCGUACAGUCGUAGCAACAGCAGCGUCGAAUCGAGUCCCGUUAGCUCUAGGCAAAGUUUGAAGGAAUUCACUCCUAGUCCAAAGAGAGGAUUUUUCGUCUCGGCGGUUAUAGGAGCCAUCAGAAAUGCGGCGACGCAUCCGUUCGUGGGCAAACCGGUGGAUAAAAAAUCGACGAUUCUCGACCCCCUAAAGCAGCUGCAUAAAGAUCUGAGUCUGGAUUCGUCUUCCGAUUUGCUGGACUUUGAAACUGAACCCUGCCUCAUGAUGGAGAGCGUUUUGGAGGACGUUCCUCUGCCCGAUACCUACUCCCACAAUAUGGUUUCGAGCAGCGACUCGCUUCGUAGAGCGCUUGGAAAUACGGAAAACGGAAAUGAGGAGCAUUCGAGGAAUUGCGGAACACACGGUCGAUUCACCGACGAAUCUACCAGCCUUUCGAAUCUCACCCAGGCAAUCCUGCAUCGCCGUAAGGUAGAGGAUGAAGAGGAUGACGAGUGCGAAUCUCUGAGCGAAUCGGAGGCCGGUAUGUCCGAAAAUCCAGGACAACUUGCGGAUUAUUGUCCAGCUGUGUCUCUCGUCGAUCAAGUUAUCGACGUCGACAACCUCGUCACAAAGCUUUUGAAAGUCCUUCGAAUUAUACAACUAGACAACGAUACUUGCAUCCAGGAAUUACGAGACGAAAAGUCCGAGCUUGAGUGCAAGGUGGAUAUCAGCCUCGCGGAACUCGAGGAGGUACGAAAAUUGGCGGGAUUGCUGCGUGCAUCCGAAGAUUCCAUGACGAACGUGUCUGGCGGGGAGAAAACUCUGAUCAACGAAAGUGGUCAGGAUUAUACAACGUCGCAGAUUCGAGCCGGUGAAAAACGAUGCGGAGAUUCCGACUCCGAACAUGACAGAAACGAUCCAACAACGACGGUAAAAAUGGGUUUGGAUUCGCACGUUGCUCGCCGUUUAUUAAUUUGAGUAUAAAUUGAUUUUCAACGAUAUAACGUGUACGACUAAAAAAUUUUCAGCAACGCGCGAUUGUAGUCAAUGGCGUUGAUAACGAUAAUAAUUAUGAGGUCGCAUCAAUAGCCGCUUGAUAUCGUUUCGUUGUUAGGUAAUCGACACGAAAGCCUAAGCGAUGGGUUAAUUUAUAAUAUACCCGUAAAUAGUGCGCAUAAUCAGAUUUAUUUCUGUAACGAUUGGGCUUUGUAAAAAUGGCCAGCGUUUGCUUCAUAGACUUCAUGAUACUUAAGUGAGAUUAUAUUAUAGGUAGAUGACAGUGCAUGUAAAUAUAUAUUUUGUUGUCGGAGAAAUGUGAAAGUGGCUAGAUAAAAUUGUAAUUAAAAUUUAUUCUAAACCGAUAUGAAAUGUGAUUCUACGGUGAAUAUUUUCUUAUUGGUGAAAACGAUCGGUGGAUCGAUUGAUUAAUUUCUUGGUCGCGCAUACUUAUAAAUAUAUUAUCAUAAAAUUCAAAAAUUCGCAAACUAAGAAUAAUUAUUAUUAAAGUACCACGACGAUUGACUACCGAUACCAUAUACAUUUUGUAUUCGGGGCUUGAUCAAUUGUCGGGUUACUCAUCGUACUGAAAAUUGCACGGUCCGAUUAUCACUUACUACGAAUAAUCUACACGCAAUUCCCUCUCGACGAAACAAACCUGCCAUUUUGAGUACGGGUGUAUGCAUCGACAUUAUAUCAACUGAUGAGUUUAUUCAUACCCAAAGAAGUUUCUGUGGCAACGGUAAACAAAAAUUUUUAUAAGAGUGGCUGUGUUGAAUUGAUACUGAAUGAAGAGAGAUAAAAAAAAAAAAAAAAAAAAAAUUGUUGUUAACGCAACGCAAGAGAACAGUGCCGACUGUACACUACUAACGUGUGCUGAUAAAAUUAAAUUAAACUAUUGAACAAUAAUAAUUGACAAGAUUGUUGGAGAAUACUAUGAGAGAUUUAUAAUAUUCUAGUCUGAUCGACGUAAUCCUGUAAUUCUAUGUCGUAUUCUGGUAGUAUCGAUAGAUUUUUUUCAAUCCGAAAUAGACAGGGUAACACGUUAUACAUAAUGAUUUAAAUUUUGUCGCGUUACCGGAGGGCACCCGAAAGGGUAUACGCACAUAAGUUCUACCGAAUACGCGAGCAUCCGUAAUUAUUUUUUUUUCCAUCCGCCAAGACGGAUCUUUUUUUUUCUCGUGGUAAGAAAGCCGGAAGUUUUCGAGGACCGAUCCGCGAGUACUGCGGGACAGGAGCGGUUUAAUGCAAACGAACAAUCAUCUAGAAAUCACGUGAUCAUGUUAUGAAAGAUAUUCAAAAUAAAUUGACAAAAAAAAAAAAUACGUUGAAAUCUCAUGCAAUAUAUACUGAAAUUUUUGGUUUGUUUCGCAGCCGCAUUAAAUUACAGUUAUCGUGAAAAAGAACUGGCGCGAUUGUGUAAUUGACGAGGGUGAACAUUGAGCAUCGAGAGAAUUGAAAAAAUAAAAAUAUAUAUAUAUAUAGAUGAUAAAUUCAAUUAAUUAGCCAUAGGAAAGACGAAGUAUUCCACCCACUAAAUACUACGAAUGAAAAUUAUCGAACAAUUACUGUAUUAUAGCGAAAUAAAAUAUUAUACUGUA